AUGUCUCGGUGGACAUUUCAUACGUUUGUACAACUCUCUCGAAAGACUCCACCAAGAAAAAAUAGUGUCCGUUUUUUUCCUUUGAGAGAGCUUUGUAUUUUCUCUCUCUCUCUCUCUCUCUCUCUCUCUCUCUCUCUCCAUACGGGACCCCCAGGUAGUAUUCCACAAAUUUGUCGGGUAAUACUUCACGGACAUAACCUUGUAUUUUCCCAUAAACUGUGUUCCUCAACGGUUUGUGAGGCGGUACAGUCUGUGCCCGCGCCGAAACUGAAAAGAUCACCCAUCUUUUUUUUUCUUCUUUUCAGCCUCUUUCUUUCUUUCUUUCUUUCUUUCUUUCUUUCCUUCUUUCUUUCUUUCUUUCUUUCUUUCUUUUUUCUUAUUCACGGGUAUAUCUUUUAUUCCAACUUUCUUUCUUUUUAUUUAGAUUAUUUCAUUUUCAGCUUCCCUCUUUCGUUCUUUCUUUCUUUCUUAUUUACGUGUAUUUCCUUUUCAACCUUUUUCUUUCUUUCUUUCUUUCUUUCUUUCUUUCUUUCUUUCUUUCUUUUCUUUCUUUUUUUUUACUUAUUUUUCGAGACAUUCUUCCCACUCUGUUUUAACCCUCAUCUAUUUGCAAUUUUCAAUCAUAAUUCCCUCCUCCCGACGCAUCGCCCGCGUUUCUUUAAUUUGAAUCUUUUUCUCCUUUUAUUUAAGAAAGUCGAUCUUUUUUUUCUCUCUCUCGGUCAUGUGUUACUUUUCUUUCUUUCUUUUCUUUUUCUUUUUUUCUUUCUUUCUUUCUUUCUUUCUUUCUUUUAA